UUACAUAUAGAAUGAAUGUUAUUUUCGAGUUUGGCUCGACAAGAAUAGCAAGCAAUAAACAGGAACAUAUUACAUGUAAAUGCAAAAUAGUAUGGCGAAGAUGUAUUGUUCGAGUUAUAAUAUCAAUAGUUUUGAAUAAGGUUAAUUGCAUUUUGUGCCCUUUUAUUAUUGUAAAUUAAUAUUCUUUACUAAAUUUGUGUGCAAAUAUUUCUUUCUAAUAUUAAAACGUAACGAGUUUAUCCUUCCAUCUAAUUAUCUAUUAAGUGGCCGUUAAAGUGGCUGGAAAAUAACUCAAUUACCCUCAUUUAGUCUUAACACUUCUAAUUUUGGUUUAAAUUAUUCUAUGUCCCAAAUCAAUUCAUUAAAACAAACCCUAAACUAAUUCGCAGGCACUUGAUAAUGAAACUUCUGUCUUCCCUGUCAAUUAAUCUCCCCUUACAAGUCAAGAAUUUUCAAUACAACUCAUGUUGUGCGUUUGCUUGGAGAAGAGGCCUGGCCGAGGAGAGGGAUCGACAGGGAAGCUGCCAUCGGAUCAUCGCUGGAGAAGUCGGGGAAGCUGGUCCACUGCUGUUUGAUCGAGGGGAGACGCAGAUGGCUACAGCCGAUGCGCGCUCUCUUGUCGACGUCACGUCUAGCCAUCUCAUCUCGUCGUAUCACCCUGUUCUUUCCACUCGAGUCGGCGGCGAGGAGAAACCAGCAAGCGGAGACAUAGUAGAGUUGCUCUAGUAAUUUUUCAAGAGAACAAACUCAUAUUUCUUUUAGUCUUUUAUGUUUUAGACUUAUAGAAUUUUAGGUAUCAUUGUUUAUUUUUCUUUAGACGAGAAUCAUUCGAGUUAGAAUUUCUAAGCUAAAUUUAGAGUUGUGUUUUGAAUAUGUUCAUUUGAACCAUUUUCCUAAUAACACACAAUUUUAUUAUAAAAUAACACUAGACCAAAUGACUAAAAUCGAUAAACUAAUAAGGAUUAUACUAUCUCCGGAUCUAGAGUACGGCUAGGCCGUGGCCCGAGGUGGCCACCCCUGGAUCUACCAUUGGGAGAAGCUGGGAGCACAUAUCUCAAAAGUUGAGGAAUUAAUCGACAGGAGAGAUGGAAGGUUUCUCGAGUGGUUGUGAAUUAAUUUAGGGAUAUAUUUUAAUUAAUUGAUUGAUUUAUUACAUAAAAUAAUUAAAAUUAAAUUUGGAGUGCUUAAUAAUAAAUGAAGGACAAUUGAGUCA